GCUGACACAACUGCAGCUGAUGCUACAACAACAGUUGCUGAUGCAACAACGGCUGAUGUUACAACAGCAGUUGCUGACACAACUACAGUGGCUGACGCAACUACGGCAGAUACUACAGCAGCUGAUGCUACAAGUACAGUGGCUGACACAACUACAGCUGAUGCUACAACAACAGUUGCUGAUGCAACAACGGCUGAUGUUACAACAACAGUAGCUGACACAACUACAGUGGCUGACGCAACUACGGCAGAUACUACAGUAGCUGAUGCUACAAGUACAGUGGCUGCCACAACUACAGCUGAUGCUAAAACAACAGUUGCUGAUGCAACAACGGCUGAUGUUACAACAACAGUAGCUGACACAACUACAGUGGCUGACGCAACUACGGCAGAUACUACAGCAGCUGAUGCUACAAGUACAGUGGCUGACACAACUGCAGCUGAUGCUACAACAACAGUUGCUGAUGCAACAACGGCUGAUGUUACAACAGCAGUUGCUGACACAACUACAGUGGCUGACGCAACU